CUGGGAAAUAAAAUCCAAGGAAACCAAAAAGUCAAGAAACACAGAGAGCAAAACACAUGAGAGGAGGAAUCGUCAUCGUAAGCUUCUUAAUUUUACGGAGUCUUGUCGUGUCUUCGUCUCAAACAGUACCGGACUUCAAUUUCUUCUACUGGGUCAACUACUGGCCAGGAGCAAUAUGCGAGAGCCAAAAAGGAUGUUGUUCUCCGCCGAAAGGCAAUAAGUCGCCGGAUUUUAUGAUCCAUGGACUCUGGCCUCAGUUCAACAAUGGCACUUGGCCUGCGUUUUGCGACCAAACCAAUCUCUUUGAUAUCUCCAAGAUAUCAGAUCUAGUAAGCAAAAUGGAAAGGAAAUGGACAGAGUGGGGAGUGUGGGUGUGUCCAAGUAACGAGACGAAUCUGUGGGAACACGAGUGGAACAAGCAUGGCACAUGUGUUCAAUCUGUCUUCGACCAACACUCUUACUUCAACACAAAUCUCAAAUUCAGACAACGAAUCAAUUUCCUCAGCAUCCUUAAACAUAAAGGAAUUCAACCGAAUGAUGGGUUUUACAGUUUAAAUGAGAUCAAGAACGCCAUCAAGUGCGUGAUCGGAUUCGCACCAGGUAUCGAAUGCAAUGAAGAUGUAAAGGGGAAUAAGCAGCUUUUCCAGAUCUAUAUAUGUCUUGAUAAUUACGCGAAAGAGUUUGUGGAAUGCCCAUAUGUUCCUGAUAAAUCAUGUGCUUCCAAGAUCAAGUUUCCAAAGUCCCCGGAAAAAGGUUCUCUUGGUGAGCAUCUAAGUGUCAUGUCUUCCGUUUUAACUACCUAGAAACCAAGAGAGUGAGAGUUUAAUUUGUUUCAAUAAGAGAGUGAAGGUAAGAAGCUUCUAUAACUAUGAUGAAUGGAACACUAGUUUUUGAGUAAAGAGUUAAACCUCUUA